ACGCUGGAGGAGCAGAGGGAGAAAAGAGAGCAAGGGGGAUAGAGAGGUAGAGAGAAGAAGAGGGAGAGGGAGAGAGAGAGAGAGAGGAGUCCAGGCCCAAAUAAAGCCAUGGGGGCUGGGGCUGGGCUGGGCCCCCCUUUGCUAUAAAUACGCUGGCCGCCUGGAGGUUCGGGUUUGGUGGCUGGGGCUUGGGACCGGCGACCACCGCUGCUGCUGCUGCUGCUGCUGCCACCCUCCUCAGGGGAGUCUCCUCCGCAUACUCAUCAUCAUCCUCAUCCUGGUCAUCAGUGUUCCGAGCAUCCAAGAUGCCUCGAGUGGACGCAGACCUCAAGCUGGACUUUAAGGAUGUCCUCUUCAGACCUAAGAGAAGCAGCCUGAAGAGCCGCUCAGAGGUGGACCUUCAGAGGACCUUCACAUUCCGCAACUCCAAACAGACCUACACUGGCAUCCCCAUCAUCGCUGCCAACAUGGACACCACAGGAACGUUUGAGAUGGCACAGGUCCUCAGCAAACACACCCUCUUCACAGCCAUUCAUAAACACUACUCUGUAGAAGACUGGAAAAACUUUGCUGCUAAUCAUCCAGAAUGCUUAGAGCACGUAGCUGCCAGUUCGGGCACCGGCAAUGCAGAUCUGGAGAAACUGUGUGCCAUCUUGGAAGCCAUCCCUGCCCUCAAGUACAUCUGUCUGGACGUGGCCAACGGCUACUCCGAGUACUUUGUGGAGUUUGUCAAGACGGUCAGAGAAAAGUUCCCUAAACACACCAUCAUGGCUGGAAACGUGGUAACGGGGGAGAUGGUGGAGGAGCUCAUCCUCUCUGGAGCUGACAUCAUCAAAGUGGGAAUCGGGCCAGGUUCUGUGUGCACGACACGGAUCAAGACAGGAGUGGGCUACCCACAACUCAGCGCUGUUAUAGAGUGUGCAGACUCAGCCCACGGACUCAAAGGACACAUUAUCUCUGAUGGGGGCUGCAGUUGCCCAGGAGAUGUAGCUAAGGCCUUUGGUGCUGGGGCUGACUUUGUGAUGAUGGGAGGAAUGCUGGCAGGCCACGACCAGUGCUCCGGGGAGGUCAUAGAGAAGAACGGCAAGAAGUACAAACUCUUCUACGGCAUGAGCUCCGACACAGCCAUGAAGAAAUACGUUGGUGGAGUUGCUGAGUACAGGGCAUCUGAGGGGAGGACGGUGGAGGUUCCCUACAAGGGGGACGUGGAGAACACCAUCCGUGAUGUGCUGGGGGGACUACGCUCCACCUGCACCUAUGUGGGCGCCGCCAAGCUCAAAGAGCUGAGCAGGCGAACCACCUUUAUCCGUGUCACACAACAGUCGAGCCAAAUGUUCACUUAGUGGGGCGUAUAUGCCUCCACACAUACAUACAUACACACACACACACACACACACACACACAGGCUGCAUAACUGUACAUGUCAUUCAGAGUCUAAAUGUGCAAUAGUAGGGCAGUGGUGUGACAUAUUCAGGAGGAGGACGGACACACACACACACACACACACACACACACACACACACACACACACACGAUCACCUAACCUGUUUCUCUCAGGAUAUCUGCUGUCAGAAAGCUGUUAGUUUCCUGCAGGUUGUGAUUAAAAUGAAUUUGACUUGAAACAUUCUCCCAGAGGCAUCACUACGCUCCAGUAAGUGAGUGUGUUUACAUGCUUACAGACAUCAUAACAUGCUAUUGAUUUCAUUUUUGAAUGGGUGAUGGGCAGAUGUUAUUUUCCAGUUAUAACAGCCUGGAAAAAUCCUUCCCAGUUCUGGGAAAUUUGAAUAAGAGAUCCCGACUACUGAGGCAUGUGUCUUUCAGAUCUAAUCUUUCUAAAUACUCUUUUAACUUGUGUAUUUCUACAAUAAAACACAUCGCAUGUAAACACACUCAGCAGGUGGAGUAUGAUACUCAUGUGAAGAUCAUUUGGGAAACUACUCCGCUGAGCUGUAUGUUGUGGAAUGGAUGCGCAAAAAUCAAUAUGCAAGAUCCAGAGACAUUGCUGUUUAAUUGUCACUGGAGAAAUCAUGUUGCAAUAAACUGCAUGCAGAGCCCUCUGCUAAAUUCCUCACCGGUGUUAAAACAUUCUGUGAAGCGUCUCCUGGACGUGCACAUCAUAUUCAUAGUGACAUACAACUUAUUAGUGUACCUUUGUUUAUAUGAUGUGUGUGUUUUUACGUCUGUGUGCAUGUGUUUCAGGUGUGUCAGGACAGUUCCACUGAGCCACAUGAGACCGAGACUUAUGUAUUCCAAGCAUUUGGUGUAUCUGAGACGCUUUAACUCUGCUCUUGUAUGUUAAACAGUCACAUCUGAGUCUCCCUUCACUGAUUCCACUGUGCCUGACAUUUUAAAAAUCAAAGACGUCUUGAUAUUUGUGUGUUCUGCUGAAUUAAAGAGUCGCUCUCUUGUACCUGAAGCAGGGAACUUCAGGGAAAGGUCACGUAAGGCGUCGAUACAAAUAAACGCUAUGAAAUGAAAGCUCCAACCCUUAAAAUACAUACUGGACUUUAAACAACAUGAUUUCAUUAUUAUUGCAAUGGAGGCAGAUGGAGAAUGGAGGUAAUAAAACCAAAUAAUUAUCACAUGA